AUGGCUCAUCGUGAAAAUAGAGAUCGUCGAACAUUAUAUUGUGGAAAUUUACAUGAAAAUGUAACUGAAGAAAUGUUAUUUGAACUUUUUCUUCAAAGUGGUCCUUUAGAAACGGUAACAAUGAAACGUGAUGGUCGUCGUUCAUUUGCUUUUAUUACAUUUAAACAUGAAGAAUCCGUUCCAUAUGCUGAAGCUAUUAUGGAAAAUGUUUGUUUAUAUAAUCGUCCAUUACGUUUAGCAGCUCGUUCAUCAAACAAAGAUUUUAAUAAUAAUCCAAAUGAACCUUAUACACCAGAAAUAUAUGUUAAUGAUUCAUUAUUACAUCGUUCAGCAUCAUGGCAAUCACCACAACCACAACAACAGCAACAACAACAACAACCAUUACCAGUACCACUUUUUUCUAAUAAUGAUAUUAAUUAUUCACCACAAUCACAUUAUUCACAUGAAGAUCGAAUGUCAACACCAAGAUUUGAUCGUCGAAAACAAAAUUCUUAUCAUCCAUAUAAUAGAAAUGAGCAAGAUUAUCAAAAUACGAAACAACGUAAUGGAAAUUAUAAUCAACAACGAAGAGGAGGGGGAGGAGGAGGAAGUGGAUAUAAUAAUUAUUACCGUUAG